AUUUUUACAAAAUUGAUAAAAUCCAGCACCUACUUAAUGAGGAAACACUAGAGUUGUUCCUGCUAGAAUCAGAAACAAGUCACUCCACUUCCAUUUAAUAUCACCAAUAUAGUCAGAUUAAAAAAAAGACAUAAAGUCUCUCUGACUGCUCACGCCCUGCCUUGGCCCGGCCUCGCUAGCUCCGCCUGUGGUGCGUGCUCCCACCUCGGACCUGAAAUGCCUGUCUGGGGAGGUGGAAACAAGUGUGGGGCCUGCGGGAGGACCGUGUACCAUGAGGAAAAGGUACAGUGUGAUGGCUGGAGCUUCCACCGCUGCUGCUUUCUGUGCAUGGUUUGCAGGAAAAAUUUAGAUAGCACAACGGUGGCAAUUCACGACGAAGAGAUCUACUGCAAAUCCUGCUGUGGAAAGAAGUAUGGGCUGAAAGGCUAUGGUUAUGGCCAGGGCGAUGGCGUGUUCAACAUGGACUGUGGUAAGAGGCUGGGCAUGAAGCCAGAGAGUGUUCAACCUCACAGGCCUACAACCAAUGCAAACACUUCUACAUUUGCUCAGAAAUACGGAGGUGCUGAGAAGUGUUCCAGAUGUGGGGAUUGUGUAUAUGCUGCAGAGAAGAUAACUGGAGCUGGAAAGCCCUGGCACAAAAACUGUUUUCAGUGUGGCAAGUGUGGGAAGAGUCUUGAAUCAACAACUCUAGCUGAACAAGAAGGUGAAAUCUAUUGUAAAGGAUGCCCUACAAAGAACUCUGGGCCCAGGAGAUCUGGCUAUGGCCAAGGAGCAGGAGCUCUUGUUCAUGCCCAGUAAAGGUGUAAACCCGGAACUAAGCAUCACACGCUGAGAAUCUCUUCAUAAUCUAGGCGCAGACAAUCUUGUGAAAUUCUACCAGCAUUAGGUACUGUAUAUCCCUGUACUUGGAUAGGCUGGCUAACUUGUAGGAAAAGAGCACUGCAUCUUUUUCUUUAUUCACCAGCAUUUUCAGGAACCAUUUCUUUUACAUUUUAAAUAAAACUUGAGUUUGGGAAAAAAAAGACAUAAAAAUAGGAAAGGAAGAGAUAAGAGUUAAGAGAAUUGAUGCUAAAACUAAUGCAAAUGUUAAGAAAAUUCAGUAAAGCAGCAGAAUAUAAAGUUUUAGUAUAAAAAGAGUAGUGUACAUACAUACUACCAAUAAUAAUUACAUAUUGUGAAGGACAGGAGCCCAAUUAUAAUAGCAACAAAAAAAGUUAAAAUACUUAGAAGUAGAGCAAACAUUUGAAAAAGCUUUAAAAACAUUCCUUAAAGGUAUAAAAACAAACUUGAGUAAAAGGAUUACUGAGAAUCACAAAGACUUAGUGUGAUCCAAAUAAAAUACCAAACUUAUUUUUUGGAAGGAGGUAGAUAGGCCUGGAUCUAGGCAAUGUGAUUCUAAAGUUCCCUUGGAAAAGCACACAAGAAGAAACAGCUAGGAAAACUCUUUUGAAAAAGAAGUUCAGUAAGGUCCACCAGCCCAUUAGAUAAAGCUGCUAAAAAACAUGUGGUAUUUAGUUCAGGAAUAGACAGAGCCACAGAAUAAUAAGUCCCAAAAUAAACAUAAUUACAUGUGGACCUUUAGUAUUUGAGAAAGAUGUUGGUUUGAAACACAGGGAAAAGAUGGACUUUUGAAUACAUAAUGUUAGGAAUUUGGAUAGCCAUAUGGAAAAAUAUAGAAUUAGAAUCAUGCCUCAUAAACCAGAAUAAGUUCCAAAUGUAUCAGAGAGCUAAAUAUAAAAUGUGAAAUCAGACAAGUCCUAGAAGAAAACAUGGAAGAAUUCAUUUAUAAUCUGGGAGUGGGGAAAGCCUCUCAUGGCUCAAAAUCCGGAAGCAAAAAAUACAAAGAUUCAUAUAUUUAACUAUGUGAAAAUUGAAUUUUAUUUUUGUCAUGGUAAAAAAAAAGCAUAAGAGAAAUCAAAGGACAAAUGGCAAACUGUGAGAAAAUAGUUGUGAUUUACCUCAAAGACAAAAAAGUAAUCCUCCUAAUAUAUAAAAGACUUAAAAAUUGAAAAAAAAAAGGCCAGAAACCCAAAAGAAAAAUAGUCAGAAACAACAACAAAAGGCCA